GCCGUUGCCACGGCGGCGCGCGGACUCGUCGGGGCGGGUGGUGGCCAUGAGCGGGGCGUUGGACGUGCUGUGGGAGGACAGGGAUGUCCGCUUCGACAUCUCCCCGCAACAAAUGAAAAUGAGACCUGGAGAGGUCCUUAUAGACUGCUUAGAGUCUGUUGAAGAUACCAAAGGAAACAAUGGAGACAGAGGCAGACUGCUUGUGACAAAUUUGCGGAUCAUUUGGCGCUCACUGUCAUUGCCCAGAGUCAAUCUCUCUGUCGGUUACAACUGUGUUAUAAAUAUAACUACAAGAACUGCCAACUCAAAAUUACGAGGGCAGACAGAAGCCCUGUAUAUAUUGACUAAAUGUAACAAUACUCGCUUUGAGUUCAUAUUUACCAAUAUUGUUCCUGGAAGUCCCAGACUCUUCACUUCAGUCAUUGCCGUGCACAGAGCUUAUGAAACUUCCAAAAUGUAUCGUGAUCUGAAACUGAGAAGUGCAUUGAUUCAAAACAAGCAACUGAGAUUGUUACCACAAGAACAAAUAUAUGAUAAAGUCAAUGGAGUUUGGAAUUUAUCAAGUGACCAGGGAAAUUUGGGAACAUUUUUUAUUACUAAUGUGAGAAUAGUUUGGCAUGCAAAUAUGAAUGACAGCUUUAAUGUCAGCAUACCAUAUCUUCAAAUUCGUUCAAUAAAAAUGAGAGACUCAAAGUUUGGCUUGGCACUUGUGAUAGAGAGUUCUCAGCAGAGUGGAGGAUAUGUACUUGGUUUUAAAAUAGACCCUGUAGAGAAACUACAGGAGGCAGUGAAAGAGAUUAAUUCACUUCACAAAGUUUAUUCAGCUAAUCCUAUAUUUGGAGUGGAUUAUGAAAUGGAAGAAAAGCCUCAACCCCUUGAAGACCUAACAGUGGAGCAGGUUCCAGAUGAUGUGGAAAUAGAAGCUGAUGAACAUACAGAUGCUUUUGUGGCUUACUUUGCUGAUGAAAACAAGCAACAUGAUCGGGAGCCUGUUUUUUCAGAAGAACUGGGACUUGCAAUAGAGAAGCUAAAGGAUGGAUUCACACUCCAGGGACUCUGGGAAGUAAUGACCUGAUUCAGAUUGGUACAUGUUUGUUUCCUAAGCAGGGAAAAACUCUCCGUUCUUGCUGGAUUUAGAUCUGUAGAAGAUAAUUUAGAAAUACCGGAGUAGCAGAGAAAGAACACGCCAACGCUAAAGAGCAGGCAAAUAUUAUAUAACAAGCCCUCAGGCUAUGUCAUAACAGAAAGAUUAUUCAGAAACCUUGUGCACUUAAGAGCUGUGUGAUUCUGGUGUUGUCCAAGCAGUGGCAGGAGAGGCGGACGGGGCAGGCGUAGCUGCCGCAGGGAGUGCUGCCCCCUGCAGGCCCCUCUCGGUCACGGCUGUGGGAACCUGCGAGUUCCCUCUGCCUGUCACAAUGGGAGCCCCUGGCAGUCCCUCUGUUUGACACACUUGUAAACUCCACUGUUAUCAGGGUUGUCCUUUCUCCCUCCCCUGACAACAUGGCCUCUCUCAAUUCGGCCAUGCUGUUUCAGUCACCAUUUUUUCAUCAACUCCAUGGCUUCUGUGUUUAUGUAUUGCCCUUUGGCUGCUGGGACCAGGCACUGCUUGCCAUUUUACACACAAAACUGCUUGCCAUUUUACACAUUCUACAUUUUCUAUGUCAGAAAAGGAAGCCUUGUCUUUCUUCUGCACAUGGAGACCACUUUCUGAGACAAGGCAGUGUGAGGUAUGCAGUUCGAUGCUCAAUUUCAAGUAUUCAUAUUCAGAGUGAUAUACAUUCCCAUAAUGACUAUGUUUGAAUUAAAUUUUCAUAACUUGUUUACCAAUUUGCAACACAGAAAUACGAUCAUACAUAGAACAUUUUGUAUGUAGACAUAUUGGCUGCAUUAUUGAUAGCUUUAAGAAAAAGCAGUUCUGUUCCAAAUAAUAGCUUUCAUAUCUCACAAUUUUGCUAAAUGUUCAGCACGUGUUAUUCCAGGUAUUUAAUUGUAAUCCAGAUAUCCUGAUACAGUUGUUUGUUUUUGCUAGGGCACCUUUUAAAGCAAUGAUCUAGAAAACAGGGCACAUGCAAAUAGCUUCUGUGUGUGAGUCAUUAGACCUUUUACGAUGUUAUGUAUUAAAGAGAAAUGAGUCAUUUAUUGUUUAAAGGAAGACACAGCUGUUACGUUGUCUAAUGAGAUAAAACCUCUGCGCUGUUUUCUAUAAAUGGAAAAAGUCAAAUGAGCUUUCCUCUCAGCUGUUGUUUCAGCAGCUGACUGUUAAAGUAACUGUGGUGUGAAUGUAAUAUUGGUGUUCGUAGAAAAUCUUUCAAAGUAUAUAUUUUAAUGAAAUACUACCUAUAUUGAAAAGCAGUGAUUACUUCAAUAAACUUUGAUAAUAUUA